AUGCACACCAUGAAAGUGUUAGCAAUAGCAUUAUGGGUUCUCUGGUUUUUUAUGUUGACAAACAACAACUUUGUCGUUUCUGUUGGGAUUUGCAGAGAAAAUGAGCAACGAGCGUUGGAGAGCUUGAAGAAAGAAGUAGAUGAUCCCUCGUAUCUUCUCUCUUCUUGGGUUGUUGGAAAAGAUUGUUGUAAAUGGGAAGGGGUCGCGUGCAACAAUCUAACUCAUCAUGUGAUUGAGCUACACAUGCAUGGGCAAUUCUCCUACGAUGGAUCUAGUUAUCCAAGGAUCAACAGCCUUGAGUGGUUACUAAGUCUUUUGAGUCUUGAGUACCUGGAGAUGUAUUCUGUGGAUCUUAGCAAAGCAACUAACUGGCUACAGGUCAUUAACAUGCUUCCUUCUCUUGUUGAUCUUAGUUUAGUUUAUUGUAAUCUUAAUCAUAUACAACCUCUACUUCAUGACAAUUUUUCUUCACUUGAAACCCUCGAUCUUUCCUGGAACAACUUUAGUUCUCCUGUUCCUGAAUGGGUUUUCAACCUCGCUAAUCUCGUUUCUCUUCAUUUGAGUGGUAGUAAUUUUAUUGGCCAGUUUUCUCAAGGUCCAGUUAACUUGACUUCUCUCACAACCUUCAAGGCUUCUGGCAACUCUUUCAAUUGUCUUUUACCUAGAUGGUUGUUUGAUCUAAGUAAUCUUGAACAUAUUGAGCUAACCCGUAGUGGUAUUGAAGGCGCUAUACCUAGUAAGUGUGGAAACAUAACAAAACUUAAAUAUCUCGAUCUUUCUGAGAAUAACCUCAACUCCACUAUACCAAAUUGGCUCUGUCGAUGCAAAGGUCUAGAAUCAAUUGAUCUUAGUGAUAAUAUGCUUUCUGGAAAGUUACCAGAUGUAAUUGGAAAGUUAGGGAAAUUAGAACUUCUUGAUCUCUCAUUAAAUCUAUUUGAAGGAGAAGUAUAUGACUUAUUCAACGGUAGGAGUAAUUUUGUUUCAGCGGAAAUGGGAAAUAGUUCUUCUUUGAGUUAUUUGAGUCUAGAAAACAAUAAACUCACUGGAACUCUUCCAUAA